AUGGCAUCAAUGCGACAUCGUUUUAGAGUCCAAAACAAGAACAUCUUCCUGACAUAUGCCCGGUGUUCUAUACCUAAAGAGAGAUUGUUAGAGAAAAUUAGAGAGCUGUUCACAACCAGGCCACCAAAUUAUGUGAGGGUUGCACAUGAAUUACACGAGGACGGGCAACCACACCUCCAUGCCCAUGUUCAAUUUCCAUAUCGUUUUCAGACUCAGAAUGAACGGUUCUUCGACGUUACCCACAAUCGAAAUAGUCGCCAUUUCCAUCCGAAUGUACAAGGGGCAUACAACCAACAGAAUGUGCUGGAAUACAUCUCCAAACACGGGGAUUACACGGAAUGGGGCGAAUUCCGUGAGAGGAGCCGCUGCGCUAACCAGAAUAACAAAGAAAAUAUAUAUCGGGAUGCACUUGCAGCCGGCACCAAGGACGAAGCACUAGCACUGGUACGAAAUGGCGACCCAAAAUGUUUCUGGUUAAAUUAUGACAAAUUGUCAUCAAAUUAUGACCGGAUUUCAUUUAAUCCACCAUUGCCGUAUGUUCAUCCAUUUACAGACACAGUAUGGGUCGUCCCAACAGCAAUACAACAAUGGGUUGCAGACAAUAUAAGAGACGAAGCCCAAAGACCGCAUAGGCCCAAAAGCAUUAUAAUUGAAGGCCCAUCUAGAAUUGGGAAAACAUGUUGGGCCCGGUCUUUGGGACCACAUGAUUAUUAUUCUGGCCACAUCGACCUGAGGGACCACAAGAACGACGCUUUCUACAACAUAAUUGAUGAUGUGGCCCCACAAUAUUUGAAACAUUGGCGCGAGUUUAUUGGAGCGCAACGGGACUUUUUUUCAAAUUGUAAAUAUGCCGGCCCAAAGAAAAUAACGGGCGGGAUUCCAAGUAUUAUAUUAUGCAACCCCGGAGAAGACUCCAGCUACAAAGAGUAUUUGGAAAAACAUGAACACGCCGGGCUCAAAGCGUGGACAUACCGAAACGCAGAACUCUAUACAGUCAACGAACCUUUGUUCGCCAGAACCAGUCAAGAAGAGGCAUCGUAA